CCGUUCCCCGUCGGCGCACCGCUGUUGUUGUUACUGUCAUAAACGACCAGUCGACCGAGGCGGUCAUUACGCGCCUGUUCGUCGUCCGCGGUCGUUUCUCUCCGCCAGUCCGUCCGUCACGGUUUCUCAUUCUCUCGCAAGCUCUCCGCGUCUUGUUGCCAUCGUUACCGGUCAGCGAGACGAGCCGACCUCUCUGACUUCCCUCCUAACCUAACCAUGAACACGGUACAAGUGGAGACGAAACCGUUCGACGGCCAGAAACCGGGCACCAGCGGGUUGCGCAAAGCCGUCAAGGUGUUCCAGCAACCGAACUACACGGAGAACUUCGUGCAGGCCGUGUUCAGCGCCGUCCAACCGUCGGCCGUGGGCAGCACCGUCGUGGUCGGCGGUGACGGCCGGUUCUUCUGCGCCGAGGCCGUGGACUUGAUCAUCAAAAUAGCCGCGGCCAACGGGGUAAAGAAAUUAAUUGUUGGACACAAAGGAAUUUUAUCAACACCAGCUGUAUCUUGUAUAAUUCGAAAAUAUAAAGCAACUGGUGGUAUUGUACUUACAGCUAGUCAUAAUCCUGGUGGCCCUAACAAUGAUUUUGGAAUCAAAUAUAAUACAUCCAAUGGAGGACCUGCUCCAGAAUCAGUCACAAAUGCUAUAUUUGAACUUACAAAAAAUAUUACUUCUUAUAAAAUUGUACCCAACUUGAAAUGUUCUAUAGAUUAUUGUGGCUUACAAUAUUUCAAAGUUGAUGGUAGAGAAUUUGAGGUAGAAGUCAUUGAUUCCGUUGUAGAUUACCUUCAAUUAAUGAAAAGCAUUUUUGAUUUUGAUAUUAUCCGAAAGUUAAUCAAAGGGUCUGAAAACAAAGCUCCUUUUAACAUGCUCAUUGAUUCAAUGAAUGGAGUUACUGGUCCUUACGUGAAGAAAAUUUUUAUUGAAGAAUUAGGCGCGCCAUCAAAUAAUGCUAUCAAUGUGGUUCCUUUAACUGAUUUUGGUGGUCUACACCCAGACCCUAAUCUUACUUAUGCUUCUACCCUUGUAAAAGCAUUACAAGAUGGCGAGUAUGAUCUUGGAGCUGCUUUUGAUGGGGAUGGUGAUCGUAAUAUGAUUCUUGGUAAGAAAGCAUUUUUUAUCAAUCCCAGUGAUUCGUUGGCUGUAUUAGCAAAUAAUCUGGAAUGUAUCCCUUACUUUAAAACUAAUGGAGUUAAAGGAUUCGCCAGAAGUAUGCCAACAGGAGCAGCUGUUGAUAGAGUGGCAGCAAAAUGCGGUAAAGAACUUUUUGAGGUGCCCACUGGUUGGAAAUUUUUCGGUAACUUAAUGGAUGCAGGUCGUUUGUCACUUUGUGGCGAAGAAAGUUUUGGAACUGGUUCUGAUCAUAUUCGAGAAAAAGAUGGUAUUUGGGCUGUUUUGGCUUGGUUAUCAGUUAUAGCCAACACUGGACAGUCUGUAGAAACUAUACUUAUUAAUCACUGGAAAACUUUUGGUCGUAAUUUCUUCACUAGAUAUGAUUAUGAAAAUUGUGAAUCUGAACCAUGUAAUCAAAUGAUGUCAGAAUUUGAAAAAUAUAUCACCGAUCCUAAAAUCAAAGGCCAGAAGUUUAUUUUUGGUUCAAAAGUAUACAUAUUGAAACAGGCUGAUAAUUUUGAAUAUUGUGAUCCAAUUGAUAAAAGUGUCACCAGAAAACAGGGUAUAAGAGUGUUGUUUGAGGAUGGAUCUAGAUUUGUAUUUCGUUUAAGUGGUACUGGAAGUAGUGGUGCUACUAUCCGUUUAUAUGCGGAAUCCUAUGAACCUCCAACAUCAAAUAUUUUGGAAGAUGCGCAGGUGGCUCUUAAUCCUCUUGUUCAAAUUGCACUAGAGAUUUCAAAAUUAUCACAAUUUACUGGACGUACUGCUCCAACAGUGAUCACAUGAGGAUUCCAAAUUUGUUUUUAUGAAUUAUGUAGUUUUUUUUUUUUUUUUAAAUUUCUUGUUAAAAGUUCUGUGAUUUUUAAAAUA